ACGAGAGAGAGAGAGAGAGAGAGAGAGGGAGGGAGGGAAACGACCGGAGAAGCGGAGGGUAGCUCGGUCGAUGCAGCUUCAUCCACAGCCGAGCCGGAUCAAGGAGAGGAGAGCGAGAGCACAUCUCACCUUCCCAUCCGCACUCACGGAUAUUUUAGCAUCUCCUCUGUCCUCCAUCCGUCAGUCCAGCUUCUUGUUUUUCUUCUGCUGGUCUUCCCUCCUUUUCUGAGUAUGAUGAUGAGCUCCAGCCUGCUGGAAAACCCGGUGCAGGCGAUUCUGUACCUGCGGGAGCUCACCACCAUCGUCCAGAACCAGCAGAGUCUCAUUCAGACUCAGCGCUCCCGGAUAGAGGAGCUGGACAGGCGGGUGGACGAGCUCAUCGGCGAGAACAGGCACCUGCGGGACAUCAGGGUACAAGAGCAGCAUCCGUACCAUCACCACCUCCACCAUCAUCCCGACCCCAGCUGCUUUCAUCAACACCACCCACCUCAGGACCCCCAGCUCAAGACUAGUGCAGGAUCUCUACCAGACCAUGCGGCUGCACCAGCACAGGUCGACGCGGCUCCGGAGGUUCAGCCGUUGCCGCCCCAACCUAUGGACCCGGGGGACAUGCAGCUGGUCCCGGCAGACCCGUCCACUGUUUCCCCGGUUGAAAGUGAACCAGAAAACGGCGGAAGUUGCCAAAGCUGCCGCUCUUUGGUUCCGAUGACCCCUACAACCCUUUGUCGAUCCCUGGCUAAGAAAUCAGAGAGCGAGACCGUGCUGCAUCAGUUUUGCUGCCCCGCCCCUGAACAUCCAGAGGCUGACACCACUGGCUCAUCUGGUGGACAGAUGCUGAGCCUGGAGGAUGGGACGUCCUCUGGUGGUGGACAGAAAGUGGAGGGCUCCAAGAGAGAGGGACCCAGUGAGUACGAGAUCAGCCUGGAGAAUAAGAACAAACAGAUAGAAGAGUUGGAGCAAAAAUAUGGAGGCCAUCUCAUAGCGAGGCGGGCAGCCCGUCGUAUCCAGACGGCCUUCCGUCAGUACCAGCUCAGCAAAAACUUCCAGAAGAUCCGUAACUCUCUGUCGGAGAGCAAAUUGCCCCGUCGGAUCUCACUUCGCCAUCCCAGCCCUUCAGGCCGAAACAGGAGCACAGCCCAGAGACACAGUUACAGUCUGCAUCCUGGAGGAGGACAAAUACCUUUACGCUCUAAAACUCCUCCUCCUCCUCCCUGUCGCUCCACCUCUCUGCCACCUUCUCCCGCAUCUGCCACAGCAGCUGGUCGCUCUCCUGCCCCAGAUCCAGCCACACCUCAAACCCCUGGUCAAACACUCACACAGCUGGAGGACUGCUUCUCUGAACAGCUUCAUUCCUUGGCCCAGUCAAUUGAUGACGCCCUUCAUGGUUGGAGAUUGUCGGAAGGUGGAGAUGGGAAGGGACUACUUAUGGACCCCGGGGCCCUUCGUGCAGCUGCUGAGAGUGCUUGUCUGCCCCGCAGUGCCAGCUCACUGCUCAUGGCCUUCAGGGAUGUCACUGUUCACAUUGACAGCAAUAGUUCCUACACCAUCUCCACCGCUACCACCACAACCACCACCUCUCUGGGCAAUGCAGGCGGGGGAGAGCUGGGCAGCAGGAAGACUUCUGUGAGCGGGAUGGCUGGGGGAGGAGAUAGCCAAUUAGCAGAGGAGCCAGAGUUUCCUGCACCUCCUCCCAGUGAGGAGCUGGAGAUGGCUGAUCAAGGAUCCAGGAGGGGCUCAGCAGUGACAGCUCUAGGAGGAGGAAUGGAGGGGGAGAGCGGCUCAGACAGACUGGGGUCCACAUCAACUUCCACCUCCACCUCAGCUCAGUCUAACCAGCAACCCGCUCAAAUUUACACCCAGUACCAGCAGUACCAUUACGCUCAUCCUCAGCAGAUUCCUGGGGGGCCGAGCCCCGAGGCCCUGCAGGCUCUUGUCGUCUCUCUGCCCAGGGACCGCUGCCAGGAUCCAACCUCUUGCCGUUCGCCAACUCUGUCCACAGACACACACCGCAAACGCCUCUACCGUAUAGGACUCAACCUCUUCAAUGUGAACCCAGAGAGAGGCAUCCACUUCCUGAUCACGCGUGGUUUCGUCCCGGACACGGCCAUUGGUGUGGCUCACUUUCUGCUGCAGAGGAAGGGCCUGAGCAGACAGAUGAUUGGAGAGUUCUUAGGAAACAGCAAGCUGCAAUUCAACAGAGAUGUCCUUGAUUGUGUUGUGGAUGAGAUGGAUUUCUCAGGCAUGGAGCUUGACGAAGCCCUAAGAAAGUUCCAGGCUCAUGUUCGUGUUCAGGGAGAAGCACAGAAAGUGGAGAGACUCAUCGAAGCCUUUAGUCAGAGGUACUGUAUGUGUAAUCCUGAUGUGGUGCAGCAGUUUCACAACCCAGACACCAUCUUUAUCCUGGCCUUCGCUGUGGUGCUUCUCAACACUGACAUGUACUCGCCCAACAUCAAACCCCAGCGCAAAAUGGGCCUUGAUGACUUCAUACGCAACCUACGAGGUGUGGAUGAUGGAGCAGACAUCCCAAGAGAGAUGGUUGCAGGCAUUUAUGAAAGGAUCCAGCAAAGAGAGCUCCGCUCCAACGAAGACCACGUCACCUAUGUGAGCCGUGUGGAACAGUCCAUCCUGGGCCUAAAAACUAUCCUCGCUGUGCCCCACAGACGUCUUGUGUGCUGCUGUCGUCUGUUUGAGGUGCCUGACGCCAACAAGCCUCAUAAACAGAAACUGUCCCAGCUCCAGAGAGAGGUCUUCCUCUUCAAUGACCUGCUGCUGAUCCUGAAGCUGUGUCCCAAGAAGAAAAGCUCGGCCUCAUACACCUUCUGUAAAGCUAUGGGUCUUCUGGGAAUGCAGUUUCACCUCUUCAGCAAUGAAUACUACGCCCAUGGCAUCACCAUGCUGAGCCCGUUUACCUCAGAGAAGAAGCAGCUGGUGAGUUUCUGCUCCCCGAGCGGAGAAGAGCUCAGGAAGUUUGCAGAGGAGCUUCGAGAGGCUAUCACAGAGGUCAACGAGAUGGAGCAGAUACACAUUCAGUGGGAAUUGGAGAGGCAACAAGGCAUUCAGCCACACGGCAUGCACACCAAUGGCGGGCAAGUGGACACACACACAGGACACGGAUCUCCCUCAGGCCAACAGGAUGUGUACGAUAAAACCGGCAACAACAACACACUAGAGGUGUCAAUUCACAACAGGCUGCAGACCUAUCAACUGAGCCAGCCCAGCAUUGAGUCAUCGCCCCUGGCCCUGGCUGCGCCACCCACCCUGCUCAGCCCCAUCCAUCCCAGAGAACUUCGCCCAGAAACACUCAUCCAAUGCCAACAGAUUGUCAAGGUGAUUGUUGUGGACCAGAGCGGGCGAGGGCGGAUGGAGGCCUUCCUUAGCCAAGGCCCUGCUACGCAUCAACUUAUCCAGUCGGCCAUGUCCACACCUGUUCGCGUCAGAGAGGGCGACGGUCCUCAGCCUCCUCUGCCGCCUCCCCCUCCACCUUACAACCACCCUCACCAGUUUUGUCCCCCUGACUCACCCAUGCCCCUCCACCACACCAUGCCUCUAACCCGCAGGCGCAACUCCAGCGGCUCCCGCAGCAUUGUCUGAGUCGUCGGCUACUCUAGGAACCCUGGGCGCCAGACAUAAGCCUCACAUUCACACACAGCAAAACACACAAGCUGGAGUAGCAGACAACUCACUUUGAAUGGUGAAAUUAAAGUAUUGCUAAAAAAAAAACAUGAGGACAAAUAAAGGGACAAAGGAAAAGGAAACCAACAGGACUCUAUUCAUAGUCUUGACUGAGUGGUGUUGAUUUUGAACAUAGAGUAGUUUUGAUGCCAUUUCUAAAAGACAACUUUUUUCUCUUUCUUUUGUCUCCAACAUUUCACCCGGUAGUUGAUGGUGUUGUCUGUCUAGAUUUCACACUCUUUAAGAGAUCUUGUGAUUUUGCGUCUUUCGGGAUGUUGAUGUUAAGUUCACACCUGUUUGUUUGGUCCAGGGUUUAUAGUAUUAUUUACCACAUUCAGUGAGGAAUCCUUUUAGCAGAGCUUAUCCUCACUGCAAUCUAUUGUGUCAUCAUCUCUGCAUAAUGUGAAGAAACAAGAGUAGCAGCUCAUUUGAUUUCUUCAUUUUUUAGGGAACAGAUUCUCAGUAUGUGAGGAAGAAGACUAAGAAAAAAGGUAAAAGGCUCUAGGAUAUUUACCCUGUCAUGUGCAGCAUAGUGUUGUAAGCAAAGAUGUUGCUACUCACUAAACUAACCUAUUCCCACCGUCUGACGACAAUCAUAUUUUUUUGUGCUUCAUUGUUGUGUGUUUUGCUAAACUUGUGUGAGCAGAUAUCUUCACAGUAGUAUGUGACUGGCGUUUUGCUCUCACAAAGCUCAGGAAAGGAUUUGCUGCACUGUAACAUAUAUCUGAGUUGUACUGAGAGCAGCAGGCUUGUGUAAUGUGUGUUCAGUCUGCUUACUCACGGGCAGCAGGGAGUAGGGCCAGUAAUCCAAAACAAGGUGAAAACAGCCAGAUGGAGCCUUUCUCUUCCUGUACAUUUACUCCUAAUGGGUUACCUAGUGUGACUAUUGCUGUUACCUUUGGAUUUAGGAAACAUCUGUGCGCAGAAAACAUUUUGCUUUUAGUUUAACAAUGAAUAUAAAUUGGUUGGCACAGGGUAGACCAAGGUCACCUCUCACAAACAUCACUCCCCUCUCACCAAUUAUAUUUUUCCUUGCAGACUGGAAAUUAUAUAAGCAGAGAUGGAUUCCUAUACUGAAUGUUAAUCAGGGGAAAACUGAAGUUGCCAUGGAUAAUUAUUGAUUUCAUCAUUGUGUAGUUGAUGGUUCGAGAUUGAGCCUGUUUGUACAACAGAUCAUCCGACUGAGACACACGGAACACGUCUUAUACCUUUUGCACCACAGAAUAUAUUGGAUAUAUUGUAAAUAGAUGAUAUAGAUUUAUUCUGAAAAAGUGAUUGGUUUGCCCAGUGUGUGUAUCUACCUAUGUAUUUGUACAGAGAAUAAUCUAGUUAAAAAAAAGGAAAUUAUAGUUAUUAUAGCUAUUAUUAUUAUUAUUAUUAUUAUUAUUAUUAUUAUUAUUAUUAUAUCAGGGGGUGUUCUAAAUCCUACUGCUACGAGAGACUGGAAACAGGCAGCUUUUAUAGAAUACACUCCAGUUACCAUGGUAACACACUGAUAUUAAUACAGAUCUACAUUCUUCAUGGAAUUAUACCAUGUCAUAUUAUCAUAGGAUUAUUAAGAGAUGGCUGUGUCACCUGCUAAGGUGUGUAAAGGGCUAUGCUGUAUUGGUGAAUACGUGCAUUAAAUCACAGGUCAUGCACACACGCACACAUUGCAUACCACACACACUGACAUGCACAUAGUUGCCAAAGCAACAACAAGUCCAGCUUCGAUUCCCCUUACAAACUGCUUGAUUUCUCAAGUCAGCAACCUCACUUUGUUUACUGUAAACUCUGACUGACUUGUACUCUACAGCAUGAUAUAGUUUUGUUUUUUUCAUUUACAGUACACGGGGGGAGUUUGAUUAUAUGUUUGUAUCAUUACUGACAGGGCAUGUUGGGUUGAUUGAUGUCAUUUUCUCCCCUCUCUCUACUUCCUCCUUUUUGCCCAACCCCUUACCCGCCCCAUUCUCCUUGGUUGUCAUGGAGAUGCACCAAUCUGCAUCCUCACUGUGGAGCACUGUCAUUAAUCUUUGCACCCUCACCGUGUUUGUAUAAGGGAGAUUUCUUAAAGAUCAACAUGUUUACUAAUGGAAUAUUUCUAAUUUUUUCUGUUCAAAGAGAAUGAAAGAAUAAAGUAGUUUUUACUCUCGG